AUGGAUCCUGAAGGUCUUGAGGAUGCCCUGGACUUGUCCAGGGACAGGGCGCAGAACCAGGGUGUGUACAUCUACCAGCCCGCAAAACCUGGGAAAGCUACCGGCGAGCGACCCUCGAAACGACGCAAAGUCUCCUCUACCGAUAAUCGAGGCACGAAAUCCGAUGUUCAGUGUUUUGUGCCCUUGUUGAACGGAGAAGAGAAUGCCGAGUCCGCGCAAUUGCGAUUCGAAACCUAUAAACAGCUUUGGUCAACGCAGGAGGAUAAGAUUCAGGCUAUCCUUGAAGAUGUUGACGCUGGAGUCUUGGCCGAUGUGCUCUCCUUCGUGAGAGACAAUUCGCCUGAAACUUGCAACGGAUGUAUUCCUACAGGUCUGGUGACCGUCGGAUCGAACGUCUCCUCCCUGACAAGAUUGCUUUCUCGCCUCAAUGAUCAACUAUCAACCAGUGGCGAAGGUGGUGUCGUGGUACUCGAGUCCGGCGAUGCCCCCAACUUGAAGACAUCCCUAAAGAACAUCAUUCGGGCUGCGAUCACAAAUACAGAGGGAAAUGAUGGAUACCAGAAGUUCCUGACGGACCGAGCUGGCCCUCGCUUGCUCGGAUAUGAUCUGGACCUGCUUAACGACUACGUCCAAAGAAAAGGCACGAAAAAGCUGGUACUCGCACUUCGAGACAGCGAAGCAUUCGACCCGGGCCUAUUAAUGGACCUUCUAUCACUCUUCAAGUCCUGGCUUGAUCGCAUCCCAUUCACAGUGCUCCUCGGCAUAUCGACCUCCGUGGAACUUUUCGAAGGCCGCUUACCUCGUGCAUGCGUCUCUCUGUUACAAGGGAAGCAUUUCGAAGUCCAAGAAGCAGGAAAUUGUGUCGACCGCAUCUACGAAUCGCUCCAGGCCGAUCCGCAUGGAAAACUCUGGCUAGGCCGGAAUGUUACCAGCACUCUCUUGGAGAAGACACAUGACUAUUUCCAAACACCGGAGGCUUUUAGUCGCAUGGUGAAGUAUGCAUACAUGUCACAUUUCUUUUCCAAUCCCCUAUCAGUACUUUUGGGAAGCCCAGCACCAGCUACACUUUCUCAACCACGGCUCUGUGAGGCCAUCAGGAACCUGCCAUCGUUCCGCAUGUUUUGUGAGGAUCUACUAGAGGCUGGUUCACCCGACGACGUUCGGAACUUGCUGGAAAACGACGAAUAUCUGCUUCAAGAAGCGCUCAAUCAUAUCAGUGCUGGCCAGCAGAGCAUGCAACAAAUAUUCCAUGCUGUUGUUGCCAUCCAUGGCUGUCUCCAGCACACGCAAAGCGCAAAGAAGACCAAUGUUUCCGAUCUUUCCGUCCGCGCUCUUUCUGGCGAGUUGAACGAGUCUCAGGUGGUUGACGACAUGCUAGCUACCGUGAGAACUUUCGACUCUGGAAAGCUGGGCCCCCUGCUCGAAUCAUUGCCCAAGACUCUUCCUCCCGAGCUAGCUCUCGAUGAAAUCCGAACGGAUUUCGCCGCCCUGGUUGACGCGAACACAGACUCCGCACCCCUGCGCAGUGAAUACAACAUCAACAGCUCCGUGGUGAAAACCACCGUCGUUCAGCAAAGAAUUCUACUCAGCAAAGGCAAGGCAAACCUAUCUGAGCAAGACAUCGAGUACACUAGAAUCGUCGAUCGACUGGUCGGUGUAUUGCAAGAGUAUCUCACAGAAACCUUGAUCCAGCCACAGGAGCUGUUCAUGCAUGAAGCUUUCUUGUUCGAUCUGCGCAACCCUAUGAAAGAAACAUUUACGCCCCGACCAAGAUUUGCGCUGGAACGGGCCCUGGCAAAUCCGUUCGACUACCUUAUCUCCUCGACUGAUCCAAGCGGCGCCAGAAUUUCCGCCAAACAGCCUGCUACUGCAAUUCUCUAUCAGCUCUAUCUCGAAUCUGGGGCUUUGGUCAACAUCCAUGACCUGUGGCAGGCUUUCUACGCAGUGUUUGAGAGUGACCAAGGCAAUACGUUCGAUGAUCGUAUGAUCAUGUCCUUGUUCUAUGGGGCGUUGUCUGACCUGAAAUCCUUUGGCAUGGUCAAGAACAGUCGGAAGAAGACGGACCAUCUCGCCAAAUCCGCAUGGAUGGGGCUUUAA